GCGGUGGUCAUAGAAAAAGGCGUGACACCAGUCUUAGGCAUGUAGAAAUUCUUCUUUCGCGUGCUAGAACGAUCCAAAGUCCCGUUGUGGGUUCCCGACCACCAAGAGUAUGUAAUUGGCAGAGGGUCACAUUGGAAGUCUUCAGGCGCCUUAGGAAUGGCAUCCUAGAUGGCAUCAGUAUCGAGCUCGCCGUCAAACACCUUAUCGGUAAUUUGCUUUCUAUCCUCCUCCAUACAGACCCGGAAGUACAGCCAAAGUGCACUGUCUUUAACGAAGACAGUCGACUUAAGAUGUACCUACCAUUGGAUGUGUUAGAUUGGGAAGAUGUAGAGAUGUUGGAAGGUUUGGAAAGAGAACUCACGCCAUGGGAGAAAACGUAUCUAGAUGAGCUUCAUGAGCGAAGGAACGCAGAAGAAUGUGAGCUACAACUUGUAGAAGCUCGAGAACCAAUGGUGGUCAAUGUUCAAAACAACGGUGAUAAUGGUGCGCUGAAUUUUCUAAUCCUUGAGGACAAGGAAAGUCUCGAAGAGGAGGGGAAUGAUACGGAAGUGGUCAUCAACCCAGGCGAGUCAGAGGACGAGGAUGGCGACAAUGUCAAUAUAUGGUUGGACAACAUGCUAAGAGAGCCAUCAAGUCCAAUAUAUCGACCUUCUUGUGUAAGAGAUUGGUCAAAAGGAUGUGGUCCAAAGCUGAAGUUGAAGGCGAGGAAAUGUAUGGCCAAGAGACGACGGAAAGCAAAGGCUCGAAAGGCAAGACAAUGUUGUGGGCCUUGUGCGAAAAAGAAGCGAGCUUGGAAGAUGGAGGCUCGAAGGAGAGGUAGGCAAAGGGUAGAGGAUGGUUGGAUAUGGCGAGCUGGAGAUUGUAUUGGGUUGGAAGGAUGGGACCCAUGGCCAUCGCACGAGCAAUUGAGGGUGAUCGGCGAUGCAAAAGCGAGCACAAGCGAAUGGCGCAUAUCGUGCCAUGAUGCGCGCGAUAAGGUUGUGCACACGCAGACGGCGUUGGGCGCACGCGGGUGCGGAGUAGGCAAUCGGAGCACCAGCGUGGGCGGGACGUGCGGAGUAGACGAUCUAAGCACGGGCGUUGAUUGGGAUGCGUUGGCGUUUGGCGGCAAAGUGACGGAGAGUACGGUGUGCGCGAAGGGAGCUCACGCGGGCGAGAGCCUAGGCCUGGCAAGCCUAGGAACGUUGGACGCACACGCGGGCGAGGAAGUCGGCAAUGGCGCGGGGUGCAAUGACGAUGGCGAGACGGCUGGCGUGCGCAGCAUUCGUGGAAGUGGCGAGGAUGCGCGGGAGCUGGGCAGCGAAUGCGGGGCACGCGCGAGGCGCGCAAGUGAGGCGACGCGGGCGAAGACCUAUACCGU